AUGAGACACUACAUCCAGCAAGAUCGAUCACCAGACUGGCUUGUCGCAGAAGCUGUGUUCUGUGCGGGUCGCGGUCUUUUCAAGGACGCCGAUGUACUAAGUCAGCCCCUUUUCGACCUCCUGCGACAUCUACUCUCUACCGAACCAAACGGUGAGCGAGCUCGAAAGAUUCUCUUCCCUUCUCAACCCCUGGGCCAGAAAAACAGCGCGGUCGAACAGAGUGCAAUGGACAAUUAUUUUGGAUUGGCCGUGAAGUAUCUGACCUUAUUUUGUGAGCACACUGAGGACCAUUCCGCCUGUGUUCAAGAGAUGGCAAAAAUCAUCGAUAUUGCAAGGCGCAGCGGGUACGAGCCUAGCGAGAAGUUUGCCAUGCCUAUUCUCCAAGCGGUGGUCCGCACAGGCAACAUCGAGGCAGCGCGUUCCGUGCUGCACAUGCUCGAUUCAAUGUAUGAGCUGCGCGAGAUGCAACGUCUCCGGGGCGAAUAUGCUGUUUGGAACGCGGCCACCGGGAAUUGGGAAGAGGCACAAUGGAUUCUGGAUCAAUUGCAGGAGACUGGCUAUUCCCGACACCAACCUGAACAGUACGCCACCAUAUUUCAUCGGAUGUUAAUGCACUAUUCCUCUAAGAAUCCUGCACAUCGAACCUUUGGCUUUGCAGUCAAUGCAAUCAAGUAUACAGGCUUGAUCCCGAUUGGGCGAAUAUCAAGAACAAUCGUACGCGCAUGCAUUAGGGACAGUCGUUACGACUUGGUCCUCGAGUGGACCCGCCUUGUCAGCGAAGCUUUUCCGAGAUUGACAUCGAGCUUCACGACUGCUAGUGGUGCCUGGCAGCUUGCCCAUGCCUUACAGAGCGCCGGUGCCAGCUGUAGGGACAUUGCGGAUACAUGCCGGGCGAUUGCCCACGGAUGUUACGACGACCCGUUCCCCCACUACCUCAGACCUUUACUGGCGGACCUGGUAAAGCUGGACCUCAGUCAACGCCUGAACGCAGCCUCUGCUUUACCGUCAGAAGUACUUCUUUCUCGUGACGGAAUCCCUUUGAUGAGCAUGAACCAGCUUCUCGAAGAAGCUCGACAUUUCUGUACCUUGCCGAGGGCGGUAGACAAUGAAGCAGCGACAAUCGACAAGCUAAAGCGCGAUAUUGCUGUCCAACUCGAUGCAGUUGACGAGUUGACCAGGGUUUUGCGGGGUGACGUUUUCAUGCCUGACGUGGCCGAUCCCACGGACAAUGAAACUCCCGAGCCUGUGACGAUCCGACGCAACCCGACUUCAGACACGAGGCAGCCGGCUCUGAAUCCAGCUCUCCCGGACGUCUUCAAGCAAGACAAGUUGCCCGGGUAUAAGGACUUAUCCACGGCGGUCAUUACCUAUUAUUCGACCCGAGCAAAGCAAGGGUUCCCAGUCGACCAUUCGUUACUCGAGUACCUCAUUGACAAGGUCGCGCUGGACAACCCGGCCGACGCGCUGAAUCUCAUCGAGCGGAUCCAUGAGAGCGAAUAUGUCCAAGGCGUCAGCGGCGUGCCGUUCGACAAUCAGAUCUUCGUCAAAUGGCUCCAGGUGGUUGUGACGGUCGGGUCGGCCAAGGCAGCUUCCACGGUUUUGUGGGCGGUGGUGGACUCUUCCAGACACCUCACGUGGACGUUGAAUUUCUCCUUCUGCAUCAACCUGGUGACGCAUCUCUCCAUGGCGUAUGUGAAGGGCAAGCAAAGAGUGGUGCUCACUCCCGAAAUGUUCUACUUGGGAAGAAGGCUCUGGUGGACACGACAGAGGGUUCUGUCGCACGUGGAAGAUGAUUUCGAGUUUCCCAAAUGGCAGCCGUGGGAGUUGGCUCUAAGAGAUGUAGCAUCGCGUCCAACAGACGGGCAACAGGAACAGAAACAGAAUGUCGACGUUGCCUUUGAGGGCAGACGAUGA